UUGACUAUUUCAUCUCGUUCCACAACCCCUUUUUAAACUCCUUACUCUCCAGUCUUUAACCACACAAACACUGACAGCCCCACAAGACAUGAAGCUCUCCCUCAGGUUUCAAGAGAACCCCAACCACCAUAACCAAAACCAAAACCAAAACCCAAAUCAAAACCCAAUCCUCAAAGCCAAAUUACCCAUUACCAUAUUCAGCCAACCUUUCAUCUCCACCACCACCACAUCCACCACCAGCUCCUCCUCAGACCUCUCCUUUUCACUCUCCACCAACUUUCCCUCUGGUCCUUCUCUCAAGCUCUCCUAUUUUCCUACCACCACUACUGUAUCCUCUCCUUUCUCUCUCUCCCUUAAGUCUGGCCUUGGCCUCUUUGGCUCUCCACACAACUCCCCUCUUGUCUUUUCUGCCAAUUUCUCCCUUUCCCCAACAAACGCUCCCAUCCCCACUUUCUCUCUCCAUUUCAAGCCCCAAUUGGGUCACUUUUCCCUCAAAAGAUCGACUUUUUCUGACCCUUCUUCUAAUCAGGUUUCUGGGUCUUUCUCCAAUGGUGGUAUUGAAGUGAAUUCUGGGUCUUACUCCAAUGGUGCGGUCAGUUUUGAUUCUGGGUCAUUUUCAAAUGGCAAGCUUGGAAGUGGGUUUGUGUCAGAGGAAUUAUCUGUUUGGCAGGAGCUGAAAUUGGAGCCUUGUAGUCGCAAAGAUGGAUUUACAAAUCCUGAAUCUUUGAAGAAUUGUGGGGUUGAUUUAAAUUCUGGAAUUGGGCUUGUGUCAGAGAGGCAAUUGGCUUUGAAGGAUAGUGGGAAAGAUGGGAUUUUGCAUGGAGUUGCUGUUAUGGCAAGAACGGUUUUUCCAGUGACCAAAAGGCUAACAGUGAAUAUGCGAUGGGGCGUGAAUUUUCCGGCUGAUUUGAGAAAGACAAUGCCUUACUUGAGUGUGAAUAAGAUUGGUAUAGAAAGGGUUGAGGAGGUGAAGGAGGUAGUGAAGAACAGUGGUGAGAACAAUGUGGGUGAUUCGGAAUUGUUGAAGGGAAUGUGCUUUUGGACGAGAAGGGAUUUGGAAUCUUUGGAGAAGGAAAAUAGAGAGAUGAAGCAGAGUUUGGAGGAGAUGAGAUUGGGAAUUUCUGUGAAAAAUUUCCGUGGAGAGAGUGAUGUUAUCGGAAAGAAGGUGUUGCCACCUACUAGUGAGAGUUCUAGCGAGUUUGAGCGGUGGAGGAGCAAGAAGAGUGGCGGAGAAGAGAAUGGACAAAGGGAAUCAAAGAAGUCCACAAACCGGGUGAGUGAUGUAGAAUCUGAAUUGCAGAGGGCGAUAAAGGCGGCUUCCUUGUAGCAAGGUUUGAAAUAUUUUUGCAAUGCUCAAUUUGGUUGCUUUGCAUUGUAAACUUGGAAUGUAUAUAAUCUACCUUUUGUUUUAGCAUGACCUAGGCCUUCUACUCAAUGCAGUGAAGUUGCAUAGAUAAGGGUUGAUUGGAGUAGUUUAACUUAGUUACAGAGUAUUGCAAAUGCUUUGUGAGCUCUCCUCUGUUGAUUUCAUGUACCUUUACUUCAAGUGUUUGGAACAGUUUAAUUUUUCUUUUGACCUUUUGCAGUUCUUCUACUUUGA